CCCCACUUUCCGGUGUGGCCCUAUUGCUCCGAGUUGUAGAGGCUACAGUUCAAACUUCGGUAGAAAAUGGAUACUGAAGUUGAUCAUUAUGCUGUUUUGGAUUUACCCUCGGGUGAGGAAGGGGCCAAACUUUCUGAAAAAGACAUAUCUAAAGCCUAUAAAAAGAAAGCAUUAGAGUUGCAUCCAGACAAGAGGCUCGAUGAUCCAAAUGCUCACUUGAACUUUCAAAAGCUAAAAACUUCAUACGAGAUUCUCAAGGAUGAGAAAGCUAGGAAGUUAUUUGAUGAUCUACUUCGCGUGAAGCGUGAGAAGAUCCAACGCCAAUCACAGCAAGAUUCAAAGCGUAGAAAGAUGGUGUCAGAUCUUGAUGCAAGAGAGCGUGCUGCUUUUUCACCUGAUGCCAGCGUUCUAGCUCGAGAAGAGGAGGAACGAAUUGCUAGAAAACUUAAAGAGGAGAUUGCUCGAAUUCGUGCAAUGCAUUCAAGGAAAGUUUCUACUGCUACAGAUCCUUCACAGAAAGAGGCACAUGUAAGUACUAAGGAGAGUACAGAAGGCAAGGGGAGUAGUGUAGACAAGGAAAAAGUGCUUAAGGUAUCUUGGGAGAAGAUCGGUGCAGAUUAUACUUCCGAAAGACUGAGAGAGUUGUUUAGUGAGUUUGGUGAGGUUGAAGAUGUAGUAAUCAAGAGUUCUAAGAAGAAAGGCUCAGCUCUUGUUGUCAUGUCAUCUAAGGACGCAGCUAAAGCUUCUUGUGGAAAUGUCUUGGGGGAUCUAUCAAAUCCUCUCUUAAUUGUGCCUCUCCAACCAGUCCAGCCUCCAAUGCCAUCUCCAUUUUUUAACGCUGAGACAAAUGGGGAACCUGAGGGCCCAAGUUUGAGUAAUCUUGUAGGUGCUGGAUACCAGAAAUUUGAAGACUCAGUAUUAGAAAAAAUGAGAAAGGCUGCUCAAAGGAAGAAAUAGCACGCGGAAGCUUCAUCAAUUUCAAGUGCUGACAUGAUUACGAUUUCUAUGUUGUCACAGAGAAAGAAGUGGUUUGUCGUCUGACCUGUACUUUGUUGAGAAUGUACGAUGAGAAUCCUGUAACAAGAUUGGGUGGAGGAGAGAUUUAUCUUCACGUUGUGCAAUGGCUGAUAUUCUGUACAUAGUGUUUACAAUACAAAUCACAUAAGUGUGCCAUGGAUUCAUCAUUUUUCAGAGAACUUGCAACAUGGCAGACUAAAUUGGGGGGCGUUAAGUCAUGCAUGUACUGUAUGUUAAUGUAAGUUUUGGAUUCUGCUGUGUUUAGCAGUGUUCUGUAUUUAGAUCGUCACCACUUUUUCUUUUUAAGUUCGAUGAAAAAGAUUUCCUGAUUUA